AAACCGGAGGUUUAACGCGGGAAACGAGAGAAUAGAGCUACUUCAUCACUUUAUUAUCUGUUUCUCUAGUUUAAACAAUUACUUUUAAACACCGGGAACCAAGCAUAUACGUUUAUUAAGCAAGUCUUCACCCAAAAGAUGGGAGACACUCUUGAGUUUAACGAGAUCUAUCAAGAGGUGAAGGGAUCUUGGAAUGAUGGCCGGCUGCGGUUAAGUAAGCAGUCUGUGGUCUAUAAAAGCAGUAAGACAGGGAAGGUGGACAAUAUUCCAGCUCCAGAAAUCUCUUCGGCUAAUUGGCGGCGUGUCUGCCUGGGUCAUGGGAUCAAAUUGUCCACCAGCACCGGGCACAUUUACAAAUAUGACGGCUUUAAAGAAACAGAUUUUGAGAAGAUUUCUGCGUUUUUUAAAGCAAACUACAAGGUUGAGUUGACAGAGAAGGAUCUGUGUGUCAAAGGCUGGAAUUGGGGGACGGCUAAAUUUUCAGGUCCCCAGCUGUCGUUUGAGGUUGGUGACAAUCCUGCGUUUGAGAUCCCGCUGAAUAACGUAUCCCAGUGUGCAACAGGAAAGAAUGAAGUGACGUUGGAGUUUCAUCAGAACGAUGAUGCUGAGGUGUCGCUAAUGGAGGUCCGCUUUUACGUCCCACCCAACACUGGAGACGAUGGUUCAGACCCCGUAGAGGCGUUUGCUCAGAAUAUUCUGUCGAAGGCAGAUGUUAUCCAAGCCACUGGAGAUGCUGUGUGUAUAUUUAAAGAGCUUCAGUGUCUUACACCGAGAGGAAGGUAUGACAUCCGUAUCUACCCCAGCUUCCUGCACCUGCAUGGUAAGACGUUUGAUUAUAAGAUCCCCUACACAACUGUACUGCGUCUCUUCCUGCUGCCACACAAGGACCAGAGGCAAAUGUUUUUUGUG